GUGUUUAUUUCUUUUUGGCAACCGUAUUUGGGAGACGACACCCAACUUGAAAUUGGUCUGCUAUUUUCUACCACAUUAGUCGCAUGUGUGUGCAUACACGAACAUGUGAACAAAAGUUGCGAAAAGUGACGAAAGUGUUGCAAAUUAUUUCAGACCGUUGUGAGAGCUCUUAAACGAGAGAGCUUCCAUAGCAUCCUCAAAUUUUAAUGUGCUUUACGAAAUUUGCAAACUGUUACUUUAGGAGAGAAACAUGUUCACGGUAAUUUUACACCUAAACUCGCUGAGGUACCUCGUUCCAGCUGGGAUGAUGGUGGGCUGCGCUCCGGUGUACCUCCGGGCGUUCUUCGGCUGUCAUGCUCUGAAGUACGUGCUGCCGGUGCGGUGGUACCAGACGCUUGAAGACACUGUUUGGGGCACUUUUCAAAGGGUCGUAGAAUUCUUCUUUGAACAUUAUACAGGUGUAGAGGUAAUUCUUUAUGGUGAUGCAGAGGAAUGCUUGUCUAAGAAGGAGAAUGUGAUCUACUUAUCAAACCACCAGUCCACCCUUGACUGGGUAGCAACGGACAUGCUUGCAUCUAGAGCUGGAUGCCUGGGGAGGGUGCGCUAUGUUGUGAAAGAUGGCCUUAAGUAUCUGCCCCUUUAUGGAUAUGUCUUUUAUUUGCAUGGCUGUAUAUUUGUGAACAGAGCUAAGAGCAGGCAAGCUGCCCCUCCCUCAUUCACCAAAGUCAUCAAACAGUUGAAGCAUCAUCGUGACUAUAACAUUCCGUCGUGGAUGGUGGUAUUCCCUGAAGGAACUAGGUUUAGACCUGAGAAAGAGGAAGUCAUCAAGACCAGUCAAGGAUUUGCUUACCAGCAAGGUCUGCCCGUCUUGCACCAUGUUCUCUCACCUCGCGUCCGAGCCACCCAUCUCUGCGUAGAAGGCUUCAGAGACUCUGCAGAUACCCUCUACGAUGUAACGAUAGCUUACUCCAACACGGGUGAAGAAGGAAAAGGACCUGUCGUCAGAAGAGAAGCUCCCUCUAUGCCAGACUUCCUGAUGGGGAAAUGUCCUCGAGUCCACAUCCACAUGCGUCGCAUCGCCCUGGAAACGAUCCCAUCAGACAUCGUUGAAUGCCACAGGUGGUUACAUGGAGUCUUUGAAACAAAGGAUAGAAUGUUGGCAGACUUCUACUCGGAGGAUCCCGAGAAGAGGGGUCGUCUAGAGGGUGAAGGUCAAAGGUCAACGCUGGGCCUCAUGACCACCCUACCAGCGAUGGCUCUGUCAGCAGCUUGCAUGGUUCCUUUCAUCAUGGUAGCUGAGCAGCGACGGGCUUACUGGCAGCUCUGGCUUUAUGGGGUUACCUUCACUCUGCUCUGGAUGAAGAUAGCUGUGUGAUUGGGAUUGGUGUUAA